CACUAUUUAGGAAUAAGUUUUUUAACAACACAAAAAAGAAAUUAAUUUUUUUUUUUUUUUUUGAAAUAAAGUAGGAAUUAAUUUUGAUUUAAACAAAUUCUAUAAAAAUCGUUCAAAUAAAUUAAAACGAAUAAAAAUAAAAAAUAACUUAAGCAAACAUCAUCUUACCAAAAACCUAGAUCUGUCCUCGUUCUCUCUCUUUCAGUUUCCUAUUUAGCGCAACCCACUUUCUCCAUUAACGCGACUUCUGAUACUUCUAUCUUCCAUUGUAGCAGCUUCUGAGUUAUUUUCUUGUUCUUGAGGUAUAGUGGAAUCUUCUAUGGAUCCUACAUCGACUCAAGUCGAUGGGGAAGACCCGGAGAAUGGAAAGAAAAAUGGGCUAAUCGGCAAGCCUGGUCCUGGAUUGUUUGACGCAUCGCAGUAUGAAUUUUUCGGCAAUGAUAUUGUUGAAGAAGUGGAAUUGGGAGGGCUUGAAGAUGAGGAGGAUAUUCCUAUAGCUGGGAUUGAAGAUGAUUAUCAAAUCGACCAUGAAGAGGUUGAUGGCAUUGGAUCUUUUUCUGAUAUUGAUGAUCUGGCUGGUGCUUUUACAAAGCUAAACAGGACAGUCAGUGAACCAAGAACUGGCUUCAUUGGUGAUAUGGGGUCCAGAGAGAGUUCUUCUGCAGCUGAGUGGUCACAGGAUAUUGACUAUUCAGCCUGGUAUAAUCAACAUGAAUAUCAUCCAGAAGGUGUACCUGAAAGCAAAAAGUGGUCUUCACAACCAUAUGGCUCCUCUGUUCGUGCUGCAGAGUCUAAUUCAUUGCACAGAACGUCAUCAUAUCCUGAGCCCCCGCCUCAGCUUCUUCCUCAACGACAUCAAAAUUUCUCUAGUGAACCAAUUCCCAUGCCUAGGUCUUCCUUCCCCUCCUAUCCUUCUUCUGGGACCAGGCCACAGAUGCUUCCACCAAACCACCAUCCACAGCAUACAAACAAUCCAUACCUUUCUGGUGGACCACAGAUGACACUGCAUUCACAAACAUCCUUUUCUGGUCCCAUGUCUGGUUUACCUCAUGGUUCCCAUCUUGCUUCAAAUCUGCCUCACUUCUCCCCUCCAGGUCAUUCUAUGGAUGGUCGCCCUCCUGGACAAUGGUUAGAUCGUGCCAACCUUGUGAACAACAUGUUGCAACAUCAAUUACCACAUCAGAAUGGAUUGAUGCCUCAGAUGAUAUCUCAGCAGCAGCAGCAGCAACAACAGCAGCAGCAGCAGCAGCGACUGCACCAUCCAGUUCCUCCGCCUUAUGGUAAUUUAACUGGGGUACAUUCUCAACUUUAUGGCCCCCAUAUGUCUGCAUCACCGCCCAUGCUGAACAAAUUUGAUGCAAUGAUGGGGCUCCCUGAUUUCAGAGAUCAAAGACCUAAAUCAUCGCAGAGGAACAGACAAAAUUUUCGGUACAACCAACAGGGUUUUGAUUCAAAUGGUCAGAGGAAUGAUGGUGGGUGGCCAGUAUACAGGUCAAAGUAUAUGACAUCAGAUGAAAUUGAGAAUAUUCUUAGAAUGCAGUUGGCUGCGACACACAGCAAUGACCCAUAUGUAGAUGAUUACUAUCACCAAGCUUGUCUUUUCAAAAAAUCUGCUAGUGCAAGGUUGAAACAUCAUUUUUGCCCCACUCAACUCAGAGAUCUGUCUCCAAGAGCUCGUCCUACUGAUGAGCCCCAUCAAUUUCUUCAAGUUGAGGCAUUGGGAAGGAUUCCUUUCUCUUCUAUCCGCAGGCCAAAACCCCUUCUUGAAGUUGAUCCUCUGAAUUCAACUAGCUCUGGCAGUGGUGAACAAAAAGUUAUUGAUAAACCCCUAGAACAAGAACCUAUGUUGGCUGCAAGAGUGACUAUUGAGGAUUGUCUUUGUCUUCUUCUUGAUAUUGAUGAUAUAGACCGUUUCCUUCGAUUUAAUCAAUUCCCAGAUGGUGGUGGUGAACUGAGACAAAGGCGGCAAAGCCAGCUGGAAGGAUUAGCAGCCUCAUUACAGCUGGUAGAUCCACUUGGUAAAGAUGGUCAAGCUCCUAAGGAUGAUCUUGUAUUCCUACGAAUAGUUUCUCUCCCCAAGGGACGGAAGCUUCUUGCAAAGUUCCUAGGUAUAAUUUCCUCUGGAAGUGAGCUCCUCCGGAUAGUUUGCAUGGCCAUUUUUCGUCACUUGAGAUUCUUGUUUGGUACCCUUCCUUCUGAUCCAGCCGCUGCUGAGGUGACUUCUUACCUUGGGAAGGUUAUAGCUUUGCGUGUAAGUGAAAUGGAUCUUAAUGGACUGGGUGCUUGUCUCGCUGCAGUUGUCUGUUCCUCAGAGCAACCUCCACUUCGGCCUAUUGGGAGUUCUGCUGGAGAUGGUGCCUCUGUUGUUGUAAAAUCAGUUCUUGACAGAGCAGCUGAGUUACUUAGAGACGCCCAUGAAUUUUCCAAUCCAGCCUUCUGGCAGGCAUCAUUUAAUGAAUUUUUCAAUCUACUCUUGAAAUAUUGCUUGAACAAGUACGAUAGCAUUGUGCAGCCAAUGCAAACGCAGGGAUUGCCAAACAUGACCACUGAUGUGGCCAAGGCUAUUAAGAAGGAAAUGCCAGUUGAGCUGUUACGAGCAAGUCUUCCUCAUACUAGUGAGCACCAACGGAAACUCUUGCUGGAUCUUGCACAUCGUUCCGUGCCGUUAGUUGGUUCUGGUGCUCAUGGAGGCAGUGGUAGUUUUGAUGGUUGAGAAUUUGAUGUCACAUGAACUCUCGAGGCAUCAAUAUGAAUUAACAGGCAUGUGAUUUAAAUGGUUUAUUACAAUGCAGAGUAUUUCGAUUCCUCGUGUUGCCAAAGUGGAAGAAACUGCUGGUAAUCCGUUUGAAGACCCCUGAAAUUUGAACCUGUAAGACCAGGUUAGAAGUUUUUUGGUUGUCGAUGGUCUUUGAUGGAGCUUAUUUUUUUUAUGAUGCUCUAUAGUUAAAGUAGGAUGUACAGGGUCCAUAAGUGGGUCCCAUGUUCCUGUGUUAUUUGGUUUGAAGGAGCUGGGAGAAUUUUGCAUCACAUUGAAGAUCAAGUAUGGCCGCCAUCGGCUGUUCCAUUUAGCUAUUCAUGCAUUUAGCCCAAAGCCGUAGAGCUUUUGUAGUUUGGGAGUUGAAUCAUAUAAUACGAAGUGGUUGACUUGUAAGCCAGGGAAAUUUUAAGAUGGCAACGCGAAGAUUAUAAUUGUCUUUAUCUUUGCUUGUAUGUAACAAUAAUAAACCAAUGUUUUAGAUUAAUGUUGUUUUAAUUUUUGGCCUCA